AUGAGAGAUGCUUCUGGUCGAUCGAGCGCCGUGGGCUCGGCCCAUUCUUCUCCGCGCGAAGGUACUGAAGAGACCCCAACACUGGAGCGGGAGCAGCCUGGUGAUGUCGCAUCUUCUGCUACUGAGCUCGCCCCAGCGACCCUCGAAUCGAGCAAGCCCUCAAAUGCGAAUGAGUUAGAGACACGAGCGCCGGAAUCGCAGCCUAUGACGAAGUCCGAUUCAUCCUCUUCGAAUCCGCCUGGAAAGGAUGCUAGUAAUUCCAGCGCUGGUGUUCCUUACGGUACAAGGUCCCGUAACAGGACAGGAAAUUCACGACCGAACUACGCAGAAGAUAAGGAGAUAGACAUAGAAUUAGAAGUUGUCGCGCCUCCCUUCCAAAGUUCUGCGCGCAAAGCAAAAGCGGCAGAGCCAGCACCUAUGGUAAUGGACUCUGGAAGGCCGAUAUCGACAAGUCGAAAGGGCCCGGGAGGUGAGGCAGAACAGAGUGUUCUAAUGCAGAACCACUACAGAGAGCCCAUUCCGGGGACGUCCACUUUUUCUGCUAACCCAGCAGCGGCACCGAAUUCUCAUAAUGGCUCGAAGAAGAGGAAAGCAGCGAACCAGACGCCUGCUUCUCACCAGUCACAAAUGUCCAUUCCAAAUUUGGGCCCUCAUAGCACCACUCGAGGAGCUAGUAUAGCUGCACAAGGGAACGGCACUGUCCAAGAUUCCAAUAUGCUUACAUUUGAAGCCUGUCAAGGUCGCCCAACAGGCAAAACCCUCCAUGCCGACGACGGGACUAUACUCGAGGUCAACGACCACGUUUACCUUGUCUGUGAGCCUCCAGGUGAACCGUAUUACCUUGGCCGAAUCAUGGAAUUCCUACACAUAAACAAUAACCCCACGCAGCCAAUUGAUGCUCUUCGACUCAAUUGGUAUUAUCGUCCAAAGGAUAUUGGUCGCAAAGUCAACGACACACGCCAAGUCUUCGCAUCCAUGCAUUCCGACAUCAGCCCCCUCACAGCUCUGCGAGGAAAGUGUCAGAUUAAGCAUAAGAGUGAAGUCGACAAACUAGAUGAACUGAGGAAGACUAAAGACUGCUUCUGGUACGAAAAGCUAUACGAUCGUUACAUUCAUAGAUUCUACGAUGUCAUCCCCACGAGUCAAGUUAUCAACGUUCCUAUUGAGGUGAAGAAAGUCCUUGAUGAGAGAUGGAGAUAUAUCAUCGUUGAACCAGGACGCGGAAAGGAGCUCACUAGUGCCGUCAAAUCUUGCAAAAGGUGUAACAAAUAUUGCGCAAGCAAUGAUUCCGUUGAUUGCGCCGUCUGUCACAAUACUUACCACAUGAGUUGCGUCAACCCGCCGUUGCUCAAAAAACCGUCGCGUGGGUUUGCGUGGGCAUGUGGGCCUUGUAGCAAAGCUCAGGAGAAAAGGCUCGAAGCUCGCAAUACGCCUAACGUCGCAGACCCUACUGGUGAUAUCGACGAGGAUGAGUACAACGAAGAAGAAGACGGACAAUCCGGAGCAAUCGAUAGUGCGCUUCAAACGGGCAGAACUAGUCCUACGGUAUCGAGUGAAGCUGAGGGCGCGUUGCAUUCAGGCACACCUGAGCAAAUUCAUCAAGCAAGCCUUUGGCUUUUCAGAUAUCUUGGAAUUCACUGUCGGGUUGAGGAUGCUUUGGACUAUGACGACCGAAUCUAUCCCCGAGCUAGUUCACGUCUUGGACCGCGACAUCAAGCCGUCGUGCCUGCAUGGCCUGGCAGACCAGUGGAGUACGUGAAGCCGGCCGAAAUCAAGAGGAAGUAUGUCAAAGGAGGGGGCCACAAGAAGGACACUAAACUGUCCAAAGAUACCGUGGCAGCUCUGGAAGCAGACAAACUAGCUCGGGAACAGCGUCCGAAGUGGGUCAUGGACGAACCUCCUGGCUACGUGCAUCGAGGAGAGGACUACGAGGACGGCGAUCCCAAUAGUACUUCUGAACUGCUGUACAAGUUCCCGGAGGCCAACGAGAUUCCUCCUAGGGAUAUAGAUGGUGAUGGUCCCCAACCGUUAGACGAGAAAGCCCGUGAAGGACACAUUUUCAACUACAUGGCCUAUGUAGGCGGAAACAUGCCCCGAGCCCUUGGCCUCCCUGCUCUUUCCACCAAUCUACUCGAUGUUGCUCUGGAGACUCUGCACGCCAACAAAUAUGAUGUUGACAAAGCGAUCGAGUCAUUGUCGAAGUCUGACAAAGCAGUCUUCAAAGAGCCUGCACUCAGUACUACUGAGCUCAAGAAGUUUGAGGACGGCGUUGCGAAGUUUGGCUCAGAGUGGCACAGCAUUAAGAAGCAUGUGAAGACCGUCAAAGCCGCUGAUAUUGUCCGAUUCUAUUACACUUGGAAGAAAUCCGAGAGUGGAAAGCGAGUAUGGGGUAACUACUCUGGUCGCAAAGGAAAAAAGGAGGCGAAACGAGCAGAGGCAACGACUGGCAAACUACAAGACGACGUUGCCGAUGAGCAUGACGAUUCUGCAUUCGACAACGAAAAGGCAGAAACGAAGAAAAGGCGCUUUCAGUGCAAGUUCUGCGGUACCAAAGAAUCUCGACAGUGGAGAAGAGCUCCGAAUACACCUGCCGGUACGAUGAUUUCAGAGAAUCCAGGGGUCAAAGUUACCGGGAAGGACAAGAGCACACAGCUCAUGGUCGCAUUAUGCCGGCGGUGCGCAGAGCUCUGGCGCCGCUAUGCCAUUCAAUGGGAAGAUAUAGAUCAAGUGGCAAAGCAAGUCGCCCAAGCAGGCGGGCGCGCUUGGAAGAGGAAGAUUGACGAAGAGCUUUUGAAAGAGCUUGUAGCAGCCAACGAAGUCGUGAAUCAGGCAAUUAGUCUACCAUCUGCAGCACCAAAUUCUGCAAAUGGAACUCCAGCACCGCAAGCGAACCUCGGGCAAAUCACUGAGCCUCCUCGGAAAAAGCUCAAAGGACCGUCUGAAAGGGAGUCUACUGAUCCUGGCAUCGACUCCAGUGUAAGUUCGAUAUCAGGUCCAAAGAAGAAAACGGCGCCUGAGAAGCAGGCUGCACCUCCACCACCACCCGAACCGCCAAAGCCAAAGCAGAUGCCAUGCGCCAUAUGCGGAGAACUGGAGCCCAUGGGCGACCAACACUUGUGCUGCAAGGAUUGCCGGUUGACUGUUCAUCGCAACUGCUAUGGAGUUGUCGGCGAGCAUCGAAGCCCGAGCAAGUGGACCUGCGAUAUGUGCUCAAACGACAAAAAUCCCCAGGUGUCUAUUCAAUACGAGUGCAAGUUGUGCCCUAUAAAGUUCACAGAACAAGAUUUUGUUGAGCCGCCAAAAGUCUCUCACAAGAAGAAGACGGAGAAAGAUCGCGAGCGGGAUAGAGUGGAGCGUGAAAAUGCCCAGAAGGUUGCUGAUUACUUCCGCAAGAAACAAGAGGAGAUGAACAAGCCAGUCAAUCCCCGGGAGCCUCUGAAGCGAACUGCAAACAACAACUGGAUUCAUGUCACCUGCGCAGUUUUUACCCCGGAGGUAAAAUUUGGCAACGGAAAGGCACUGGAGCCUUCGGAGGGUCUAGGAUCCAUACCAACCGCGAGGUGGCAAGACACUUGCAAAGUCUGCAAAAAACAGGAUGGCGCGUGUGUAAGUUGCCAUACGUGCAGGAUUCCAGUACAUGUCGAGUGUGCACAUCAAGCAGGCUAUAUUCUAGGCUUUGAUAUCGCACCUGUAAAAGGAUCUCGUCGGGAUCAAUUCAAUAUAGUCACCAUUGCAGGAGAAGUUGGAACCAUGACUGCAGCGAUCUGGUGCAAGGAGCAUGUACCAACGAAGACCAUCGUGCAUCGAAUGCACGAUAUUGUGGACGAGGAGAGUGGCUUGAAUGCUUUACAGCUCUAUGUCCAAAACUUCAAGCAAGCGGAUUUGGCCUUGACAGGUACAGUCCGCAAAGCGACCCUUGUCAGUCAGUCUGCGAAAGUUGUCAACCCUGCUUCAGUUGCACCUCCACCAAACCGGCGCGCGUCUACGAACACUGGUGGCAGUCACAAUGGACGUGGUUCAUUGUCUCAUGCUAAGCCGGACGAUAGUCCCGGGGAGACAUCUACCACAGUGCAGUCGGAUUCUCGACGAAUAUGUAUCACCUGCAACGUCGAUAUCAGCCCGAAGUGGUGGCCAUUUCCUCCGACACCAACAGACAAGCCUCCUGCGACUUCUCUAGAUCCUGCGAGUCUCGACAACAGUCAGCAUCAUAUGAAUGGGCAUCUCACAAAUGGCCACGCGACUUUAGAUUCUGAGGAAGAGACCAACGGUGCGCACAUAGCUCUUGCAGCUGCAGCCCUACAUCAGAAUCCGUCAAAGUCGAUAUCUGUACCCAACGAAUUUCAGUGUCAGCAAUGUCAUUUCAAGAAGAAGCGGAAAGAGGUCUCGCCACCCCCUCCUUUACCUCCUCGAGAACCCUCCCGGCCACUGAUUCCCACUCCUCAGCCGGCACCUGCUGUCCUUCCACGCGAAGCGGACAAUAUUGCGCCACCACAGCAUACCAGUCCAUACUGGUCUAAUCCACCCGCACCACCUCCCCUUGCAGCAUAUGCGACAAAUGGUUCUUCCAAUGGCCCUCCAAAUGGACCUCCCUAUCGCUGGUCUCGUCCAUCACCCGCGCCUCAGAGUAUACCCCAUGUGAAUCAACUAAACGGAAAUCAUUCGCCCCGUAUUAAUUCUGGAUCUGUACAGGCUCUCGGUGGUCAGCCACCGAUACGACAUCAAAGUCAUGGAAUACCACACUCCCCACACCAGAAUGGCCACCAUCCUCAAAUCCCCAAUAGUUAUCCAUCUUCUCCACGUCAUGCUAUAGGGUCUCCACCCCUUCAUAUGCAGAAUGGUUCAUAUCCAUCGUACGCUUCUACAAGGCCGGCACCUCAACACUUGACCAACGGCGGUCCCCCACCACGAGCCCCUGAACACCCAUUCUCUCAGAAUAGCGCACCAAUGCACUCUCGGGGGUCGUUUGGGCCUCCUCAGGGCAGUCCACCGAUGCUUCGCGAGAGUCAUCCCCAAGGCAGAGAUCUUACGAACUCCCAGGCAACUAACUCGCGGCCAAAUGAUGGUCGAGUAAAUGGAGGCGCUAGCGCAAGUCCCUCUUUGCGAAACCUGCUAUCUUAA